CAAGAGCCCCACACAGGGCUCGAGGAAUGCAAGAUCAUUACCUGAGCUGAAGUCUUCUGCUUAACCCACUGAGCCACACAGGCACCCCUGUUGAUUUUUUUUUAAACCUGUAAUGGGCACAGAUUUAUCUACAACACACUCAAACAGAACUCCCAUAUUUAUGCUUGCAAAGUUUACUAGGCAAAUAAAGUUAUUCAUAUUACUCAACCAAGUCUUCAAACUUGCUGGAGACAUACACAUAGGGCUAUAAUAUCUGCAAUAUAUGCUAGUUGGCAGUCUUUCCUAAGCUUUGUGAAUUCAUAUAGAAAGGAAAAUGUUAAGUCUAUUAAAGUGAAAUGAAAAUUACCAUUUUGACUCCUCUCGCAUUUUAAAUGUCCUGUCUUUAAAUGCUUUCUCUAGUGCUUGUAAAAUUUUCUUUCUAUGUGGUAUAAUCACAUCUGAUGAUUCUAUCAAAGGUUGUUUACCUCUAGGUCAUUCCUCUAAUUCAGUGAUCCUUAGCUAUAUGCAGGGUGGCACAAUUGCUGAUCUCUUUGAGAAUUUAAUGAAAUUCAUAUGUGGCUAUUCUCCCUUUAAAAUUGUAGGUUAAAGUUUCUUUAUUUUAUAGUAGGUAAUUAAAAUAAAAUAUAAAAUGUCUCAGACUUAAAAGAUUAAGCCAUUGUAUCAUUUAUGCAACUUUGUAAAUAUAAUAAAUGUGAAUGUAGGGCACACAUUAUUAUCCAUCUCCAAAUGAAGUUCUUAGAAUGACUCAAGGUCAUUUAAAUUUAAGAAACAAAGACAUUAGAAUGAUUUAAGUAUAUGUUAAAUUUUUGUAAAUUAUUACUUUUAUAGUACAAAAGUAGUUGAUGCACAUUUUUAGAUAAUUCCAAAUUACAUGGACUAUUUUCUACAAGUUUUGUGUCUUUUAUACUUAUUCUUAAUUUCAAUAUUACAUUCAGUGGUAUAAAAUUAUAAUUUCAACCAUUUUCUAGUUUAGUUGUUUAAGUAUUAAGCUAAUUUUAUAUGUUCCUAUCUUUUUAGUAAUUUAAUUAUGUCUAAUGGUGUGUAAGGACUACAUAACACACUACUUUUUCAGUAAAGUUUCUUAACAAUCAUUGUACAUUGACUAUUUUUGAAAAUGAGAGAUAGAAAAUGAAGAAGUAUGGUAGUGAUAUUAGACAAUUUAAAUAGUCCAAUAGCAUAAAAAAUUUUUUUUUUGGUUAAUUAAGAGCCAGUUUUAUAGUUGAUUUAAGUUAUCUUAUACUUGUAGAACCAUUAUUGAUUAUUUUUUUCUGGUUCAAUAAAUAUUUCUUACCUCAGUUCCUUUUGUUAUUAUAUGUAGAAGGAAUGGUGACCGAUCAUUGACUUUAAAGAUUUUGACUUGAAUUUUCAUGAGCUUAUACACUCUGUAUUUAAUUGCUCACAACUAGCUGUAGGAUCUUAUCUGUGUUGUGUUUUCCCUUAAAGGUGCUCUUGAUUUAAUUAAUCAGAUUAUGAAAAGUCCUUUCUUUCUCCCUUGCAAUCGUAGUCACCAUUCUGACUUUCUGAAGAGAAGCAUAUUUUGAGUGACUACUAACUGGCCUGAUGGGAAAAUUUUUAAAGGGAAACCAGAAGUUCCUUGUAAAGUUGAUAUUCUUUUGAUUUUAGUUAUUGAGACUGGGCUCCAAAACAUCUCACCAGUUCUUUUCAUAUUAGGCCUCCACUUCUACUUUAGACAGUUGUGAAAUUUGGAGGCUUUGAUUCAACAUUUUACAGGAAAAUGCUUUCCUCCUGCUAGAAUAAAACUUCACUGGAUCUGUACCCAAACCUCAUUCUAACAUGUUAUGGGAAUGAGAGCAGUUGUAUGAAAAGUCAUCACAUUUGAGUAUCGAGGAGCCAAAACAAUGACAUGCUUCAUACUUAUGUUGAAUUCUCAUAUUUACCAGAAGUAUGAAUAAAAUAAUUUAUAUGAAAUAUUCAGUUAAUAGACAUAUCUUAGUUUCUUUUUCUUUACUAAAUGAGGGAUUCUUGAGUUUUCCCUAAAGUCCUACAAUUAAGUGCUUGUGAAGGAGAAAAGGCACUACAAGUGGGAAUUGUAAGCAAAGUAAAGUCGAGGGUGAUGUAUAUUAUUCUUUGUUUUGUUCUCCAUGAUAGGCAAAGAGUAGCUUUUUAUGGCUAUUUUAUGAUAGACUUUGAAGCAGAAUAUUUAAUAAUAUGAAGAAUAAUGGAAAUGAUUGUGCUUUGUUACUUAUAUACAUUAAAUAAAUAGUCAUUUACAAACGAUCCAUGAAAAUAUCCAAAAGUCAAAAAACUUAAAGUGUCCCGGGAAGUGGCUAAACCAAAAAGAACCUCAGGAUCUUUCUUGUACUUACAUAAUCAGUCACAUGAUGUCGCUGUACACUCAGAAGGUGGAAAAGGAAAACUUUGUCUCGCGUUCAGCUUCCAACCACUGGCAGAAUAGGAUCGACUCCAUAUUGACCGGAACGCUGGGUAAAUUUUAUCAAACAUAUCCUACGGAAAGGAAGACUGCUCACAAAGGUUCCCAGGCGAGCAGUCCCUUAAAACUAACAGUCCCAUCUCAGAUCUCGUUAACUACAAUGGUGUUUUCCUGGAGAGGAGGCCCAGGAGCCCGGCGAUUGCUCCUGGCGUUUCUGCUCCUUGCAGCUGGGAAAUCUGGGAGCGGCCAGGUCCACUACUCGGUCCCGGAGGAGGCCAAACACGGCACUUUCGUGGGCCGGAUCGCGCAAGACCUGGGACUGGAACUAGCGGAGCUCGUACCGCGCUUUUUCCGUGUGGCGUCCAAAGGCCGCCGAGAACUUCUGGAGGUAAAUCUGCAGAAUGGCAUUUUGUUUGUGAAUUCUCGGAUCGACCGGGAGGAGCUGUGUGGGAGGAGUACCGAGUGUAGCAUCCACCUGGAGGUGAUUGUGGACAGGCCGCUGCAGGUUUUCCACGUGGAGGUGGAGGUGAAAGACAUUAAUGAUAACCCGCCGGUGUUCAGAGAAGUAGAACAAAAGGUACUUAUCUCUGAAUCUGCACCUCUGGAUUCUCAUUUUCCUCUAGAGGGCGCUUCCGAUGCGGACAUCGGCGUAAACUCUCUUCUGACCUAUAGGUUAGGUAUAAAUGAGUAUUUUACUCUUAAAUUAAUAACGAAAAACGAUAAAAGUAUAUUGCCUGAACUAGUUCUACGGAAGUCAUUGGAUAGAGAGGAAACGCCAGAACUUAAUAUAUUGCUGACCUCCCAGGAUGGCGGUAAACCCGAGCUAACAGGAUCUGUUCAGAUUAAAAUAAGCAUCCUGGAUGUGAAUGACAACGCUCCGGAGUUUGAUAAGCCUGGCUAUAGAGUAGUGUUGUUUGAAAAUGUCCCAAACGGCACGAGAGUGAUUCAAUUAAAUGCUUCUGAUCUAGACGAAGGGGUCAAUAGAGAAAUUUCCUAUGCAAUCAGACUGAUUUUGCCAGUGAGUGAGAAAUGCAUGUUUUCAAUAAAUGCAGAAACAGGUGAAAUCAGAAUAUAUGGGAAAUUGGAUUUUGAAGAGAAUAAUGAGUAUGAAAUUCAGGUUAACGCCAUUGAUAAAGGGAUUCCUUCCAUGGCAGGUCACUGCACAGUCCUAGUGGAAGUUCUGGACCUGAAUGACAAUACCCCUGAGGUAAUGAUUACUUCGUUGUCUCCCCCGGUGAGAGAGGAUGUUCAGGUGGGCACUGUCAUCGCCUUGAUCAGCGUGUCCGACCGUGACUCUGGCGCCAACGGGCAGGUGACCUGCUCACUAACACCCCAUGUCCCUUUCAAGCUGGUGUCCACCUUCAAGAAUUACUAUUCGCUGGUGCUGGACAGCGCCCUGGACCGCGAGAGCGUGGCGAACUAUGAGCUGCUGGUGACCGCACGGGACGGGGGCUCGCCUUCGCUGUCGGCCACGGCCAGCGUGUCCGUGGAAGUGGCCGACGUGAACGACAACGCGCCGGCAUUCGCGCAGGCCGAGUACACGGUGUUCGUGAAGGAGAACAACCCUCCCGGCUGCCACAUCUUCACGGUGUCCGCGCGGGACGCGGACGCGCAGGAGAACGCGCUGGUGUCCUACUCGCUGGUGGAGCGGCGGGUGGGCGAGCGUGCGCUGUCGAGCUACGUGUCGGUGCACGCGGAGAGCGGCAAGGUGUACGCGCUGCAGCCGCUGGACCACGAGGAGCUGGAGCUGCUGCAGUUCCAAGUGAGCGCGCGCGACGCGGGCGUGCCCCCGCUGGGCAGCAACGUGACGCUGCAGGUGUUCGUGCUGGACGAGAACGACAACGCGCCCGCGCUGCUGCCGCUGCCUGGGGCGGGCGGCGCGGGCGGCGCCGUGAGCGAGCUGGUGUGGCGGUCGGUGGGCGCGGGCCACGUGGUGGCGAAGGUGCGCGCGGUGGACGCGGACUCGGGCUACAACGCGUGGCUGUCGUACGAGCUGCAGCCGGCGGCGGGUGGCGCGCGCAGCCCGUUCCGCGUGGCGCUGUACACGGGCGAGAUCAGCACGACGCGCAGCCUGGACGAGGCGGACUCGCCGCGCCAGCGCCUGCUGGUGCUGGUGAGGGACCACGGCGAGCCGGCGCUGACGGCCACGGCCACCGUGCUGCUGUCGCUGGUGGAGAGCGGCCAGGCGCCCAAGGCCUCGUCGCGGGUGUUGGCGGGCGCCGCUGGCGCGGAGACGGCGCUGGUGGAUGUCAACGUGUACCUGAUCAUCGCCAUCUGCGCGGUGUCCAGCCUGCUGGUGCUCACGCUGCUGCUGUACGUGGCGCUGCGGUGCUCGGCGCCGCCCAGCGAGGGCGCGUGCCGGCCGGGGAAGCCCACGCUGGUGUGUUCCAGCGCGGUGGGGAGCUGGUCGUACUCGCAGCAGAGGCGGCAGAGGGUGUGCUCUGGGGAGGGUCCGCCCAAGACCGACCUCAUGGCUUUCAGCCCCAGCCUUCCACAGUCGGGAGAAGAUUGUUUAAAUUCUUCCAGUGAAGUAAGUCAUUGA